AUGGCAAGAAUUUAUCCUCAAACAUCAUCAUCUUCUUCUUGUUCUUCAAUUUGUAUAAGUAAAUAUGUUACAACAAAAAGAGAAACAUUUACUUUAUGGAUGAAAUCACUAGUAUUCCAUGGAAAUGGAUGCGCUGUUUUUGACUCAAAAGGUCAACUUGUUUAUAGAAUUGACAAUUAUAGCAAAAAAUGUAGCAAACAAGUUCAUCUCAUGGAUCUUCAUGGAACAAUUCUCUUUUCUCUUAGUAAAAAGAAAUUGACACUUUUUGGAUAUUGGAAUGGCUAUAAGAUGGAUGAGGAGACACCAUAUUUUCAAGUGAAAAAAAUUGGCAAUUUAUUCACAGGAGACUUAAAUUAUGAUAUUAUUUUUGGAUGUGAUACAAACAACUAUAGGAUUAUUGCUUUAAGAGGCAAAUUAGGCUUCAAGAUUAUCAACACAGAAAACAGACUUAUUGCUGAGGUUAAACAAAAGCAAUCAUCAUCAGCAGUUAAGUUUGGGGAUGAUGUAUUAAGUCUAGUGGUGGAGCCUCAUGUUGAUCAUUCACUUGUCAUGGCUCUUGUGACUGUUUAUGGUUUAACUCGACACAGGUUGUAA